CGCAAGGCUGCUGACUGAAGGACCAUGUGCGCUAUGCCGAUAUUUUUGACUUUAUUUUUUAUUUAACGGGGAACUAGAAACUGCACUUGUGGUUAGCCGCGGCUGCCGUAGUUGUAACUAUCGCAGAUUUCGCGGGUCGUAGCGAUUGCCAUCCGGGACCAUCACUCCCACUACCCAGGUGGUAACCUCUAACUAUUUCGACCUUUUUUAAUUGUCUGUGUGCCAUAGAUCCUUGGGUUGCAGAACGGAAGUGACUCAGUUUUCUAUUCUUGCCUUGUGGCUAUUUCUGCUUGACAAAUAAUUUUCUUUUAUUCGGUCGUUCUGAAUGCGAGGUUCGACUUCACUCCGAAAACGGUAUCACUGUGCUUCUGCACAAGCUGCAACGCUCGAAGGGAAAGACAAUAGAUUUGGGAGAAAGUGAUAUACGUCAAUAUGGAGGCUUUUAACUAUAUGGGAAAUCAUCUAGUUUCAGACUCUGCUUCUACGAUUAACGCUGGAGACGACAUGUCUACCAUCGAUGGCGAUGAAAGCAUCUUAAAUUUAGCCACCGGGCCUCGAAAACGACAACAUGAUGAUGAAGACGAGAUAUCGGAUAGCUUCGAGGAUGAUGAUUUGGAAAGCAUGGCUAGCGUCCCUGUCGAUGGGAUCAAAACGACCGCCACCAAACCGGAGGAAGAAAAGGAACUACCUGUUCACUCAUGCGCUUACUGUGGAAUUCAUAAUCCAAGCAGCGUAGUGAAGUGCUUAACUUGCACCAAGUGGUUUUGCAGCGCGCGUGGCAACACCUCCUCAUCUCAUAUCGUCAAUCACCUAGUCAGAGCAAGGCAUAAGGAAGUUCAGCUGCACCCCGAAUCGUCGCUUGGUGACACAAUUCUCGAAUGCUACAAUUGUGGGACGAAAAAUGUUUUCCUUCUAGGCUUUAUUCCCGCCAAAUCCGACACUGUUGUGGUGCUACUCUGUCGGCAACCUUGCGCUGCGAUGCCUUCCUCGAAAGAUAUGAACUGGGAUACGUCCCGCUGGCAGCCUCUUAUCGAGGACCGUUCCUUUUUACCAUGGCUCGUGAGCUCUCCGUCUGACCAAGAACAACUUCGCGCGCGGCAUCUAAGCCCUCAAAUGAUCGCGAAGCUAGAGGAGAUGUGGAAAGAUAAUGCAUCGGCUACUGUUGAAGAUCUCGAGAAAGCAACGGGUGUUGAUGACGAACCUGCGCCAGUCCUCCUUCGAUAUGACGACGCUUACCAAUACCAGAACGUAUUCGGCCCCCUUGUGAAGAUCGAAGCCGACUAUGAUCGCAAAUUGAAAGAGGCCCAAUCUCAAGACGGCUUGGUUGUGCGGUGGGACCUAGGACUGAACAACAAGCAUCUGGCGAGUUUUGUUCUCCCGAAGCUGGAACUUGGCGAUGUGAAGUUGGCUGUUGGUGAUGAAAUGCGGCUUAAAUAUACUGGAGAGCUGCGACCUAAAUGGGAUGGAGUAGGAUACGUCAUUAAAAUUCCUAACAAUCAGUCUGACGAGGUUACUAUUGAAUUGCGAACCAAAGGCGAUCAUAAAUCUGUCCCCACUGACUGCACGCAUAAUUUCACAGCUGAUUAUGUUUGGAAGGCGACAUCCUUUGACCGAAUGCAGCUAGCCAUGAAAACAUUUGCUGUUGAUGAGAUGAGCGUUUCGGGUUACAUCUUCCAUCGACUUUUGGGGAAUGAGGUUGCCGCUGGGCCUAUGAGAACUCAAAUGCCCAAGAAGUUCAGCGUGCCAGGUCUUCCAGACCUCAACAGCAGUCAGACUAAUGCUGUGAAAAGCGUCCUUCAGAAACCUUUGAGCUUAAUUCAAGGACCUCCUGGCACUGGGAAAACCGUCACUUCAGCUAAUAUUAUUUAUAACCUGGCAAAAAUAAACGGCGGCCAAGUGUUAGUCUGCGCACCGUCUAAUGUUGCGGUUGACCAACUUUGCGAACGCAUCCACAGAACUGGGCUGAAGACUGUUCGGGUCACUGCCAAGUCACGAGAGGAUGUGGAAUCCCCUGUGGGUUUCCUUUCCCUUCAUGAACAGGUCCAUAACAAUGACAGCAAUAUCGAACUUGUCAAACUCAAUCAACUGAAGGCUGAGCUGGGUGAGCUUUCUAGCCAAGAUGAGAAAAAGUUCAAGCAACUUGUUCGUGCUGCGGAGAAAGAGAUCUUGAGCAAUGCGGAUGUUAUUUGCUGUACCUGCGUUGGUGCUGGCGAUCCACGCCUCGCAAAGUUCAAAUUCCGAACCGUCCUUAUUGAUGAAUCUACUCAAUCUGCGGAACCCGAGUGCAUGAUUCCCCUCGUCCUAGGAUGCAAGCAAGUUGUUCUUGUUGGCGACCAUCAACAGCUAGGACCUGUUAUCAUGAACAAGAAGGCGGCAAAAGCUGGGCUCAACCAGUCUCUAUUUGAGCGCUUGGUCAUCCUUGGAUGCGCGCCUAUCCGUCUCAACGUGCAGUAUCGCAUGCAUCCAUGUCUAUCCGAGUUCCCUUCAAACAUGUUCUACGAUGGAUCCUUGCAGAAUGGUGUGACAGAGUCUGAACGUCUUCUUAAGGACGUUGAUUUCCCCUGGCCUGUGGCGCACAACCCUAUGAUGUUCUGGUCAAACCUAGGAAAUGAGGAAAUUUCGGCAUCAGGAACGUCAUAUUUAAAUCGUACCGAAGCUGCCAACGUGGAGAAAAUUGUUACCAGGUUUUUCAAAGCUGGCGUGAAGCCUUCUAGCAUCGGGAUUAUUACCCCGUAUGAAGGGCAGCGUAGUUACGUUGUCAGCUCCAUGCAGGCAACUGGCACUUUCAAGAAGGAACUUUACAAAGAAAUCGAGGUGGCGUCAGUUGAUGCUUUCCAAGGCCGAGAGAAAGAUUAUAUCGUGCUCUCCUGUGUCAGAUCCAACGACCAUCAGGGAAUUGGAUUUUUGAGUGACCCACGUCGGCUUAAUGUCGCGCUUACCCGUGCCAAAUAUGGACUAGUCAUCCUAGGCAACCCGAAAGUUCUAUCGAAGCAUCCUCUGUGGAACUACCUUCUACUGCAUUUCAAAGAGAAGAACUGCCUCGUGGAAGGGCCGUUGUCAAACUUGCAGGUGUCCCUUGUCCAAUUCCCUCGUCCGAAACAGGCCUACCGCGGACCACAGCGUUUCCAGGUGGCUUAUAAUCACGCCUCUAACAUGGCCAGUGGGAUGGUCAAUGGCAGGAAUGGCCAUCGCGGUGACUAUCAUGACACGGGAUCUGUGGCGAGUUACAUCCCAGAUGACGUCUCCUCAGUUCAUUCAUCCGCUCUCGGAGGGGUUGCUAUUCCAUCUGGAUAUCCCCACAUGUUCCGGAACUUUGCCGAUCCCUGGCCGCAACUUCCAGGCCACCGCCGUGCCAAUGGAUCUAGAGGUAAAGGCGCGCCUAGCGUUACUGGCGAGUCUGUCGCAGCAACUGAGUCCGAUAUCACGGGCAGUGUCGUCGGACAAGGCGGCGUUAGCCUCUCCGGUUUAAGCAUUCACGAUAUGAAUAAGCAGGCAAGCAUGAGCCAGUCUGACCGCUUGAAACGCUACGUCGAAUCUGGUGGUCGUGCAGAGCCAUAUAAACCUGGCCCUAGUGAUAACGGCAGCAUCUUUGGUGGAAGUUCGGCGAGCAUUCGUGUUCCUCGUGGCGGCCGCGGUAACCCAGCCGAUGAUGAUGACGCACGCAGUGUCUCGACAGCUUUUGCAAGUCAAAUUGGUGGAAACUACGACUGAGAGCUUGCGAGUCCAUGACUAUAUCACCAUCGACAGGAAACUUUACAUCUGUUGCAGAAGUAAACGUGAAUUUCGCGAGUCACCAUCCAUGAUGAGAAUGCGUUGCCUGACGCCCGAACAAGAGCUUUCGAGGCCUGCGGCUCUCUCUUCUCGCCCGUCGCUUUUUUGCACCUAUUCGGAUACGCUUUUGGUUCGAGAACCAACCACUGUUACUCGACCUCACAUUUAGGUCAAGCCGGAAUCUUCAUGUAUUAGUUUCUAACUUACAUGCAAGCUACCCAUUUGACAAAACACGGUACACAUCCAUGCAGAUGCAAUUUGCGACCUGGUUCACGUGCAUCCUAGUGGUUUUGAUUUAAAGCGAAGUACUAGAAACCCGCUAUCAAGUUAGGAAUGUGCACGCAUGCCAUGUGGCGUGGAGGUGGAAAGGCGGGCGGUUAACUGCGGCUCUUGCACACCGCAUCUGUGGGUGUGAGAAAAGUUGUAACGCAGCAGCGUAUAUUUAUAUUCCUGGUAAGGCUGGUGGAUACAACUUCUGUGGCGAAGUGCUCUCCUAGAGAAGUACUUUAAGCAAAUGCUAUUCUAAGAACACAAUUUGAACGUUGAUGAUGGCGGUUGGCCGGGGGAAAAUAUAUGCGCAAAAUUUGUUUAUUCUAUGCCGUUUUAGUUUGAAAUUGGUCGACAAUACAGUUAUGAUUUCUUCAGUAUAUCUGAAAUAUUUCAGUAGCCAUUCUGUAGUUCCAUCAUAGUAAUAGGGGCAUAGGUCAUUGGGUGGUGUGGAACGUAUAUCGACAGGGUAUUAGAUAUCCCGUAUCUAUAUUCUUCUGCAUGCUUAUAGCAACUCCUGCUAACGUCCUUAUCUAGCGGGAGAACUCUCAAUCCAGUUUCCCAUUUAAAUAUUAUGAUUUCACGGUACGGAGUUAGUGAACAUAGAUUUCUUGACUUCAUUGGUUCGUCUCUAGGUGUUCAGAAGUAGAUAACCAUUAUUUGAUUUUGCAAGAAAGCUGAUGUUCUCCUCGU